AUGAUGGAGAAGGGGUUUCUGGUGGAUGCAGUGGCUGAGUUCGUCAAGGGCAGCGUGUGGCGCGAUACGGUGACACAUUUCCUCGAGACGCACUAUAAGCGGUUUCUGACAGACUCGGAAUCAGAAAGUAAAGUAAAUGGCUACACACUGGAACAAUAUGACUCGUUCAUGGCAUUUAAGGACCGCGUCGAGAGGAUGUUGGAAGGGGUCGUAAGUGAUUUAAGCUGCUCUGGAGAAGACCUUGUUGAAGCGGUUAAAGAGAACUUAAAGUAUGAGUCAGCGUUGUCGACGGAGAAGAGAUUCUGCAUCCAAACUCUGCUCACUUUCGACGACUAUGACGCCUUCUACUCGAGAAUUCGCGAGUACGCAACCGAGAAACAAGGUGUUCGCUACGAUGAAAACGCAGAUGGGAACGCGGAAAUCUCCGAAUGGGCACUACAAGAGGCGAUCGCCAGAUCGAUACUUAAAGCUCACGCGAGAGGUCAACUGGAUGAAGCGGAAGCGAUCUGGUUACCUUGGGCACAAGCUUUCGUGCAGAUGAGUCAAGCGACUGCAUCAAGUGAAGAACUAGCAAGCGAAGCUAAAGCGGAGGCUAAAGUCAUCAGCGAGAACGAUCCGGAGGACAAAGAAGACACUCGCAUGCAUGAGCUAGAGAAAAUUUUGAUCCGAGAGAGGUUCAAGGUGGAUCUCCUCGUGGCGCAGCGAAUUGCUGACGCUAAUACUCAGAUGAAGAAGCAGAUGCUGAAUCUUGCUGCUGAAGUGGUGAAUCAAGAUGAACAAGUCGACGAUGUAGCCAUAUCAGCAGAAGAGGAACUCGCGGGGCUCUUCAAGCACAUUGAAACCAUGAGUGAUCGUCUGAAAGACGUGAAGAUUCGAUGUUUCAAAUUCGAAAGCGUCACUCAGCAGCAAAUGGAUACAAUCUAUCUCUAUCUUAAGGAAAAGGUGCACUACAAGCAGGAUCUGGUCUCCCAAGAGAAGGAAAUAGCAGCAUUCAUCCUCAUGCAGAUCCACGAGAAAGACGAGUCUUUGGUUCCUUUGAUCCUCGAAUGGCUACUACUCGAGUCAGAACAACUUCGAACGCAAACCCAAAUCCAAGAACACCUCGCGGGUCCACGCGACGAAGGAUACUGGACACAAGAGUGGGAUGAAUCCUCUCAAGCAUUCUACUACGUCAACUCGGAGUCUAAAGAGAGUGUUUGGGAACCUCCAGCUGCUGGUUUCUACGAUAUCAACAAUGAAUUUCACGUUCCAGGGUUAGAAAUAGAAAUUGCUAAUGAUGAGGCACAAGAAACACCGUAUACAGAGGGUGUAUACAACCCCGAAAGUGCUACUGACGAACUGCCAACGUUGGAACAAGCGUCGUCUCAACUAGAUGCAACGUUCGAGCUAACUAUCGGACCGGACGCAACAGAAAUGGCUGAGAUGGAAAGCGUAUUGGAGCGCAUUUCGCGUGAACAUGACCAAGAACGUAAGCGGUUGGAGCUUGUUUUUGAGCUGGAGAAGGCUCGACAGAAGGAAGAGCUACGUAAACGCAAAGAGAAGAAACGUCGAGAGAAGUUAGCCAAGAAACAAAGACAAAAAGAUGACGCGUCUAAGGGAGAUGGAGAAGCUUCUGCUCAGUCCCCAACGUCAUCUCAUGUUGCAGAGAUAAUCGACGUGAAGUCCGAGGAUACGUCUCAUCUAAAUAUCAACGUACCGGGACAUGGUCGGAUCGACUUGGCGCACUUACUGAGCGACGCACACGCCACUCGUCAUCGUCAAUUAAAGGGGAUUUCACCGGCUCAUGAGCGAGUUAUGCUUAACCCAGCAACACUACGCUAUCUCACAGAGCAAAUGGCGAUCAAGCAACCUGAUGUCUUAGGACAACAAGUACGAAGAGAGAUUGUGCUCGAAGAAGCUGCUGAUUCAAAGUAA